AAGUAGCAAAACCUUUGAGAUCUUCUUUCUUUCCUUUAGAUACAUAUAUACAAGAAUGGGAUUCAGAUUUCCAAGCAUAGUUCAUGCUAUUCAAAGACCUUUUUCAAGUUCAAAAGAUGUUCGAAAAGGGUAUUUGGCAGUUUAUGUUGGGGAAAACAGAAUGAAGAGAUUUGUGAUCCCAUUAUCAUUUUUGAACCAACCAUCAUUCCAAAUGUUGUUGAGUAAAGCUGAAGAAGAAUUCGGAUUCGAUCAUCCAAUGGGAGCUCUUACCAUUCCUUGCACAGAAAAUGCCUUCAUCGAUCUUAUUUCUCGUUUCAAUGCCUAAUGAUUUGCACACACACACUCAUACACAAUGAUUAUUGACAAUCUCUAAUAAAAAUGAUUGUUACAAUUUUUGUGAGGCAAAAACAAUACCAAUGCCAUUGCCAUGUAUAUAUUGAUCAUUGUCCCUAAGAUUGAGAUGAAUGAAU